AUGCUGGCCAAAAAUAUUCAAACUUAAAAGUUAUACGCCAUAAAAAUCAUAUCUAAGGAUGAUGCGGAAAAGGUUAAUCUAGCGACGUUCCAAAGAGUUCUAAAAAACGAGGUCGAAAUCUUACAGAAACUUAAUCAUCAGAAUAUCAUCAAGCUAGUUGAAUUCAAUCUAGAAGGUGACAUCGUAUUCCUAGAAAAUGGAAAACAAAUAUUAGUAUUCUAUAUUGUGCUAGAGUUCGCUGAGGGAGGUGAUUUGUUUGAGUAUCUAUGUGUAGAGGGUAGAAGUUUUUCAGAAGAGGUUGCUAGAUAUUAUUUUCAAUAACUGAUUGACGCUAUUGAAUACUUACAUAAUACAUAGGAGAUUGUUCAUAGAGACUUAAAGAUCGAGAACUUGCUUCUUGAUAAGGACUAUUAACUAAAAAUUGCUGAUUUUGGCCUAUCAAUUAAUAAAUACGGCAAUUAUGGCUUAGGCGUAAUGUUCUCAAGAGUAGGGACUAGAAAUUAUAUGGCACCUGAAUUACUUGAGAAGAGACCAUAUAGGGGCACAUCAGUCGACAUUUUUGCAGCAGGAGUUGUUCUAUUUAUUAUGGCCACAGGUACCUGGCCCUUCGAUAAUCGAGCAAAUACUUUGGAUAAGCUUUAUAAAUUCAUAAUAAUGAAAGAUUAUGAAGGAUUCUGGAGAGAGUGGGGUUAAAGUGAAGAUGCUCAAAAAUCCCCUAAUAGGGUAUUAUCUGAAGAUUUCAAAGAUUUAGUAGUUAAACUAUUGGCUUAUAAUUAUACUGAUAGACUUAUAAUUGAGGAAAUCAAAGAUCACUAAUGGUUUAGAGGUGACUUGCCCACUCAAGACACACUAAAGACUGAAGUAAUUAAACUGAAAAUGCAAUCAGUUAAUUAAAGAAUUGCUCAAGAGAUAAAACCAUAGAUGUCUAAGAACAAAUAAACUUCUAAUUUUAAUUCAGGGAGGGAGAAACCUAAAGGAAUAAUGAGAAAUUACAGCCAUGACAUCAAUCAUCAUCAGGGUGAGAGAGGCAUUAAAGAUGAUAAUCUUAUCCAGAUAGAGACAGAGAUAUCAAAUGACGUAAGCUGCAUCUCAUCAACUAUGAGUUCAGACAUCGCAGACAUUAACAACGAGUACAGUAGCGGACUGAUCGGCUUCUUUCAGUCUUUAAUUGGUUACAAUUAAUGGUAUUGGCUCUACAGCAAGAUGCAAUGCAAGAGAAAUCAACUGAGAAUAAAAAAGAGGACAAUUCAAGAACUAGAUUCAGAUUCAGCAAGUGAUCAUGAACAAUAAUGA